AUGGGCUGCUGCGUCAGCAAGAAGCGCGGCGAGCCGCCGGGCGCGGCCGAUGGGAGGAAGGCCGUCGAGGCCCGGGACCUGCCGCCGCCCGAGGAGGAGAAGGUCAAGGAGGUGCUCUCGGAGACGCCGCGCGUCAAGCCGCGGCCCAGGCCCAGGCGCGUGGCCGGUGGCGCUGUGGUGGCGCCGUCGGCGGAGAAGGCCAGGGCCAAGGAUGGCGGCACCGCCAGGGCGAAGGACGGGCAUGGCGUCGGCGGCAGGGUCAGCAGGCCCGCGCGCUCCGUCGAGGAGAAGUCGGAGGCGGCGUCCGAGUCGUCGGCCGCGACCACGGUGGCCGGGCCCGAGCGCUCCCCGUCCAAGCCGCCCAGGUGCCGGCAGGGAAGGGCCGCGCCCGGUGGCGAGCCCAGGCGCGCCAGGCGGGACCGAGACCACGGCGCCGCCGUCCCUGGCGGGCGCGGGCGCGCGUCACCGUCGCCUCCGCCCCCGCGGCGCGACCCCGGGCGCAGGUCGCCGUCGCCCGCCGCGAAGCGGGCGCAGGACCAGCGCCGCGACGCUGCCGGCUCGGCCCCGUGCGCGCAGCGGAAGCCGCCCGUGCCCGCGAGGCCGUGCGGCCGCGCUCCGACGCCGCCACGUACACAGGAGGCGCCUCCCCAGCCACCGGUGGCGGCGAAGCCGCACCCGCACGGUCCUCCUACGCACUGUGCGUCGCCGCCGGCACCGCAGGCACCGGAGCAGGAGUAUACGGAUACUCCCCCAGCCAGCGACGGCGCGGCCGGUGACGGUGAAGGCGAGGGGAAGGAGUCCCUGGAGAACCCGCUGGUGUCCAUGGAAUGCUUCAUCUUCCUGUAA